GAUUCAGAAUACACCAUAUUCAUAGACAUGGCAUGCUUGGUUCAAUAGCUAUUGACGAGAGAAAAUCUAAUGUCCCGAAUAUCCAAAACAAAACCAAUUUGACCUUGGUCGUGUAGUUUUGUUGUACAGGCUAGGGUAUGGUUUUCGGUGCGCAGCUGGUGACGUCCAGAAGAGGAGUGUUAUUUAUGUGGCGACCCCCACGUGCUGAAGGAUGGUGAUGAUUAAAGUACAGUUAACAACAGAAUAGCGGCUUUGCCUGGCUGCAGCGAUACCGCGGCCUCCAAACCGUUUCCAUAUUGGGCUCAAUAUAAUUUGCCAAAGGAAGAAGUUGUGGGCGGAACAGCAGCGCGUUAAUUUCAUGGUUUUAUUUUUCCCUCUCCUGAUGGAUGAACAAUGGAGAGUCCGUCAACAGAAAUUUCUGGUGAACCUCCUCUUCGCCCCUGCGUUAGAUCAUUGUUGUUGAUGCUGUUGUUGUGUAGGAGGCAGGGGCGGACCUGAUAUUUUAGGAUUUCUCCUAGAAAAGACCGAGAACAUCGGGUGGUCACUCGCGUUUUUCAUACUCUCUUAGUUCUGUAAGCAGCUGAUGCUGGUUUUGCUGUCUAUCAUCCACCCGCUGAUAUUAUGGUGAAAUUCCCAUCUCUAACCCCCUACUUCCCGCUCAUCCGAUUCCUGGUUCCUCUCGCUAUCACGAACAUAGCCAUCGACCUCGGUGAACAGGCUCUGAACAGGGGUAUUGCAGCGGUCAAAGAGGAUGCGGUUGAGAUGCUGGCAAGCUACGGCUUGGCCUAUUCCCUAAUGAAGUUCUUCACAGGGCCUAUGAGUGACUUCAAGAACGUGGGCCUGGUGUUUGUCAACAGCAAACGCGACCGCUCCAAAGCCGUGCUGUGCAUGGUCACCGCCGGGAUGAUAGCGCUCAUCUUUCACGUUCUCAUCGCCUACACAGAAUUGGGCUACUACAUCAUCAAUAAGCUCCAUCAUGUGGACGAUUCUGUCGGAAACAAGACCAGGCGGGCUUUCCUCUACUUGGCAGUGUUCCCGCUACUCGAUGCCAUGGCCUGGACACAUGCCGGUAUUCUACUGAAGCACAAACACAGCCUAUUAGUGGGCUGUGCCUCCGUCUCUGAUGUCAUAGCUCAGAUUGUCUUUGUGGCCAUCUUGCUUCACAGUCAUUUGGAGUGUCUGGAGCCUAUGUUGAUCCCCAUCUUGUCCCUCUACAUGGGGGCCCUGGUGCGCUUCACUAUUGUAGGACUGGGUUACUACCGCAACAUCCAUGACAACAUCCCAGAGUCCAGCGGGCCUGAAGUGGGGGGUGACGCUACCAUCAAGAAGAUGCUGAGUUUCUGGUGGCCCCUGGCCCUGAUCCUGGCCAUGCAGAGAAUCAGCAGGCCUAUCGUCAACCUCUUUGUCUCCCGGGACCUCAAGGGAAGCUCGGCUGCCACCGAGGCGGUAGCAGUACUGACUGCAAGCUAUCCUGUGGGUCACAUGCCGUACGGCUGGCUGACAGAACUACGUACGGUCUACCCCGCCUUCGACAAGAACAACCCCAGUAACAAACUGACCAACAUCAAUACCACAAUCUCCAAAUCCCACAUCAAAAAGUUCACAUUUGUCUGCGUUGCACUUUCUAUUACGCUAUGCUUUUUGGUGUUCUGGACGCCUCACAUCUCGGAGAGGAUCCUAGUAGACAUCAUUGGUGUGGACCAUGCCUUCGCAGAGCUCUGUGUCCCUCCACUGCUAAUCUUCUCCUUCUUCCCUGUUCCAGUGACCAUCCGGGCUCACCUGACAGGCUGGCUCAUGACUUUGAAGAAGACCUUCGUCCUUGCUCCCAGCUCUGUCCUGCGCAUCAUCGUACUGAUCACCAGUCUCAUUGUACUCCCUUACAUGGGGGUGCAUGGAGCCAGUCUGGGAGUUGGGUCUCUCCUUGCCGGAUUCCUUGGAGAGUCGAUAAUGGUGGCAGUAGCUGCCUGCUAUGUCUAUCGAAAACAGAAAAAAAAGAAAGACACAGAAGUUGAAGAGGUGGGGGAAGGGGAAGAAGACUCAGCACCAAUGAAUGAUGUGCGGCCCCGGCGACGAAUGGACGAUAUCGUGGAGGAAGAUGAGUGAGCCACGGAUACUGAAGGACUCUUGAAGGACAUGCUGGGGGAUAGUACAAGGGAGUUCCCUUGUUUUACUGGGGCAGUUUUUCAAUCAUUUUUGGCAGCCUGUUGAUACCCCCCCCCCUUUAACCUUACACAGUUUGAGGUUUGGAGAGUAUCUAAACAACACUCCUUUGUUUCAUCUGAUUGCUACCAAGCCAGCGAAGCAUGGUAAAGAUGCUAACUUGUACCAAAGCAAAUGUUGCUCAUUUAACUCCAUAUGUUCGCCAAACUUUUCUGUGCUGCCGUCCUCUACUUUUAUGAGCUAUUAUGAGGAAACACACAAUUUUACUGUACUGUACAACUUCAACCGCUUGGAAAACAUAUAUUUUGUUUUACUUUGAAUGUACAAGAUAAAUCAUGUAGAAUAAGUAAUGAUGCUGAGGUAGGUCUUUGUGUUGUGACCUUUUAACUUUAUUUAUUUUGGCUGUACACCAGUUGGGGAACAGUUUAUGGUUCCCAAUAAUAAACAAUAAAAUAACAAAUAUGAUAUAUUAACCACAGAUUUCUAUCAAAGUUGAGAAUGAAAAAGGGAGUUUUAAAUAGUUUCCUGGUGUGCGAGUGAUGGUUUGGUGCCAUUAUAAAACAUUUAUAUUAUAAUGUUGUUGAUAUACAGAAAUUGACGAUGUUUUCUUACAAGUGAUGUUAACUGAAGUUGGGGGGGGGGGGGGGGUUGACUGGACAACAGUUGUUUCUUGUUUUUAUAUCAUGUCUGUUGUAGUAUUCUGUUUAAUUUCGAUCUCAGGAUGUAACUCCAUGAUACAUACCGUGUGGUGGUGUCGUUGUUGAUCUCCCCCCACACCCAUUCUGUAUUAUGAACUCUCCAUUGCCGAUGAUGCACAAGUAUUUAAAAGUGUCUGAAGCUUCUGUACGUUUUCUAUAGAUUGUAGUGAAUAGCGAAGUCUUACCAACUCAUGAGGCCUUUUGUAUUUAAAAUAUGACCGCUAAAGCCCUGUCCAGUGUAACAAGAGCAAAUAUGACUUCUCUUAUUAUUGUCUAUCAAAGGGACAGUUCUAUUCUACAAUGAUUAAAGGGUGAUUCCGUCGUUUAA